UCAUUCAUUUAUGGAGUUGAAAAUGACGAAAACUAUGAGGUUCGAGUGGCUAUUCUAGUUGAAGUUAGCCCACUGAAGCUGAACAGAAGCCAAUGGACUGACUGGGUUGGAGUAAACGACACCAAAUCUCAAGGUGGUGAAGUUCAGCCGACUACCGAGAAAGGAGAAGUCAAGCCUACCAACAAUAGAGGUGAUGGUGCUGAUGUUGAUGUUAUUGUGGCUGCAGUGUUGCUUCCCCUGACUGUACUUCUGGUCUCAAUGUUGCUCUUUACUACUUGCCUCUGUUUUUGUUGUAGUAGAAGCAAGCAGAGUUACUCUGUGCAAAAGGAGGAGUUUUCAGAAUCAGUGGAGGAGAAACAUGUGACAUCAACUGAUGUUUGACUCUAAGUAUAGCUGUUUCGUUGUUUUUCGUAAUGUAUUCUUAUGUGUUUUUAUGCAGUGUUAUAUUUUCAUUAGUAUGUUCAUCUUUUUUAGCUAGUUAUUGUUAGUUGGUCAAAGCUGCAAAUGUGCAUGUUUCAACGAUGCUUUGGGCAAUGAUUGUUCCAUUAGAUGGGUGUGCUGUCACAGGCAUGACUUGUUCAUGCCCUGUAUUCACCACAAAGCCCAAAAAG